AUGUUCUCCGUGGAACAAGUUGCUGCUUACUUCAACCCAACUGCCCACUUCUCUCUCGAAGUCAUGAAGAAAGAAUUCAAGCGCCGGUGGAAAUGCAGACGUGCUUGGCGGGUUAGGCAUGGGAAGAUGAUUCAGGAACGGGGCCAAUCAGUGGAGGAUGGCCCCUGGCAGACGACGCCAUUCCUCUCGCCCCUCCUCUCGCUCCAGGCGCCCAGGCUAGCGGGGAUCCUGGAACGCCAGCUGAUCAAUUCGCCGAAUAUAUUACUCUAUACGCAGUGGGUUUUCCGCUACGAGUGGCAUCGAGAGGACGAAUUAAAGUUGAGGCUCCCAUCUGUAGGGUUGGCCGUUGUCACGUGGCCUGACACCUGGAUGCCGGAGAUUUGCUCCGAGGCUUGGACAGAAGGUCUAGAACUGGGGCCGAGGGACAAGCAAAUCCACGCCAAAACUCCAGCAUCAUACUAUUUGAUUACUCGACACGCAAUAGCGCCUCCUUCCAUAAUUUUCAGAGAAUUCCAAGCAAUCGACUUUCACCAGGCAAAAUCGUUCCUCAGCGGGGUUCCCUCUUAG